AAUCUGGUUAUGUUGGUUGGAAUAACGGGUUCUUCUAGUUUCUGAUUUUUUGACUCUUUAUUGAGUUGACUAGGUUUUAUUCGUAGUCUAGCUGUACUUUAUAAAAACUACCAGUCUCAUAGUAUUCCGUUAGGACGCAAAGAGGUUUCUUGAACAAUGCUGUGAUGUUUGAUUUUGUGUUUUAAGUGAAUGUUUUUAAUGGCGGCGCACUACAAAAUGUUUAUGUGAAAAGUGUUAAAACAAAUUGGAUUUAAUUGUUGUAAUGACUAGGACCGUUGGUACAUGUUGCCGUGGUUUGGGGCGGUGAUGGCGGGUAGGGCGGAUGGCGGGGGAUGAGCCGGCUGCUGUGCUGUCUGCGCGGGCGUCACGACAUGGGCGCCGCGCUCUCGCACCCGCAGGAAGGGGAGGCGUGUGACGGUGGUGGGCCCGCCUCACCGCCCACCAUGGCCGACGUGAUACGUGAAAGAAAGAAGAAAUCGGGUGGUGCAGGACUGGGUACUCUGAGACGGAGAAUAGCGGCUGCUGCACGCAGGCCUCGCGACUGUCGGCCUGAUCGUGGAUGCGAACAUGCGCGUUAUAUUCGGUCGGUCGUAAGUGGUUGGCGCGUGGCAGAGGUGUUUCUGCUAUGCGCCGAGUUAGAGGCGGGGGCGGCCCUUCGUGACUUGGUGACGCAGGCGGAGUUGGCACGCGAGCCAGCGGCAGCUUUGCACGCGGACCUGGCAGCGUUGUUACGUGACAGAGUGGCCUGUGAUGUGGAAGUAUGCGGCGCGGGUUGGGCCCUACCAGCUCAUAGGCUUAUAUUGGCUGCACGGUGUACAUACUUCAGAGAUUUGAUGCAUCGGUAUCCCAAGUCGAGUCGUGUGCCAUUGGAGGGUGCUUGUGCAGGGCUACGCAGGGAAGAGGGUGAAGCCCUACUCUUGGCCUUGUACGCUGGGGCUGCUCCGCCACCAACGCCGCCCUGUCCUGCAUGUCGCAAAUGGGAGCGCGGUGUGGGCUCUGAAGUAGACCUGGACAUCAUCAGUGUUGAGAAUACGGCUACUUACCGUCGAUCCUGCUCAUGCCGCCGUGAUGUGUCUUCUAUACGUCGUCUGUCAGCCAUACUUGGGUUUUCACUUGAUUCGCUUUAUAGGGAUAUCAAAUAUUUACUGGAUUCUGGCGAAUCAUGCGAUGCUCGUUUAUCAUGGCGGUGUGAAGGUGGAUCGGCGUACGGCUUCCGCAAUGCCCUGGAACUGCCUUGUCACACACUUCUUUUAGCUGCGAGGUCACCGUUCUUCCGUAGUGUGAUGUGUCGUCGCGGGUCGACAGGCGCCGGCGCAGGUGGGACAGUGUGUGUCGAUGAGAAAGUUCUUCCAAGAAGGUUCGCACACGCUUUGUUGCACGCCGCUUAUACGGACCAGGUGGAUCUUAGCUUGAUAAGCCGAAACACAUCAUCGCCUUCAACGAGCGGCAACUCAACCGGGACGGCUUCGCGCAGUGGUCGAAGCUCAACUACGUCACAGUUGGACGACGCGUUUCAGCUGUACGAAAUAGCAAGGUUUUUGGAGAUGGCGAUCGUGUCCCAAGGGUGUGAAGACGCUAUACUGUUCGCGUUGUCUCCUGAGACUUUGCCCCACGUCCUCCGUUGGUGCGCACAGCCCCACGCCAGUGCUUGGGUCCAUCGGCAAGCAAUGCGUUACCUUCGCGAUGAAUUCCCCACGAUAAUGUCCUGUGCCGCAUCAGCACGGUUGCCAAGAGCGGCCUUAGCGGAAGCCUUGUCUUCGCAGUUCCUUCAAGCGAGCGAACCUCAAGCGUUGAGAGCGGCAUUGCGGUGGGCCGAACGUGCUGCAGAUACGAGAGACGGAGGUUCGUGCGAGCCAAACGUAGUAUGGCACACAGCGCACUCGGUGUCGCGACGCGCGCGUGGCGGGCGACGUCGUGACGUAAGCGAGGCCGGUGUGAGGGACGCGCUCGCUUCCCUCGUGCCGCACUUGCGGACUGAACAUUUGCCGUCCGACUGUGACCUACUUCAACAGAUGAUCCGUCGUGGUCUGAUCCCUGCGCCAGCGCACUUGGAAAGUGGCGUCAACUCAGCCGACGCAUGGUUAGGCCGCGGGGCGUUUCGUUCACCUCGCUGUUUUCUGCCAUACCUCGAUGAGAUUAAGGCGCUAGUUAGCUCCCAAACAGCCCCAGCCGCGGAGCUAGCGGCUGAACGUCGCGCGCGGAUGUUGCACAGAAUCCCCGACGCACUGUACAUGUUAAGGGAUAUAGCGCCCGAGCCGCGCGCGAGCACCGAGCACGCGUGCAUCCCGCCACGGUUGUUGUCGCGUGCACGUGCACGUGUACGCGAAUUGCGUGGGACCCCGAACGCUGCGCGUGCGCUGGCUCUGCACUCGGAUCAGAGGCCCGUGAAUAGGCAGAUAGCGUUGCGGGCGGUUCGGGAGAUGUCUCUGCCCGAUGGAUGUGCCGAGUUGUUAUUGGAUGGAGAGGAUAAUGACAGGGAGUCGGCAGUCGCGAGUGGGGUGGAGGGCCGAAGUGACUCUCGCGGAGCGACUUCAGCCGAAGUUGAGUGUUGCAGAUCGAGUACGCGAUGCGGUUCAGCCGGUAGUCUAAGAGCAGCGCCUUCAUUGCACUUGCCAACUGAGCCUCAUAGUACGAGUUCCUGUCGUCGCGAGUUACCCGCCAGGCCGCCUGACACGCCACAUAGGUCCACCUUGGGUCGUUUAUCGGCAGCUGUUCCAGACGUAGCGAUGGCACCGAAUGGAAACACUCACUUGCUGACGCCGCACUAUCUUUACACGAGACAUGCGCACGCGCCGAGACCAGAAUACGGAGGAGGCGUGGGCAGUGCUGGCAGUGCAGGUAGUGUGGGCAGCGUGAGCAGUGUGGGCAGUGUCGGUGCCGGCCUCGUGCAACUCGAUUUGGGAGAUGGCGCUACACACACGCCAAGACCCGGAUCUCGUGCACAGCGAGCUGCGAUGUCUGCGAGGACGCAUAGAGAGCAUGCGCAGAGUUCCUCUUGUGGUCGUGGACGGACAACUGACGACGAAGAUCUGCGUGUUGCUAUAGAACUUUCUGUUAUUAGAGCGUACGGUUCUCUCCAGGCGAGCGGCCGUCGUGCGGAUUUGCUGCCAAAUACCGAUUUUUCAGCACUUCGCAGUCGUGCUUCCCCGGCCCUGUCGCUGGAGGGAGCCGUAUCAAGGGGCAUAGAGGGAGCGGCCGGGGGCAGCAUGCAGAGAGCUAGGAGCGCUAGGAAUUCGCCUCAUGCGAGGACACUGUCAGUUAGCGGCAUAAGCGGAGUGAGCGGUACGGAGCGAGUUAGUACGGAGAGGGAAUACGAUAGAGAGGGUGGUGUUUACAGUGGUGAAAGUAGCGUGAGUCGUGGACGUUCACACAGCCCCGCUUAUCGCUCCUAGCGCACACACAGACCCGACGUACGCCGGACAGACUGACGUCAUAGUACGCACCUCAAGACGAAUAGACACACGCACUGACAUCAAUAAUUGUUCAGCACUUCCUGAGGUGUACUAAAAGACUUUAUAAACAAGUUAUUGUAAUUUUUAAGAAAUAUUGGCGCACACGAAAAGUAUUGAAUCGUGUUUUAACUUUGGACAGUAUUAUGAAAUUCUCGCUUGUCAAGCAAUGUCUAGUCAAUGUAAUCAAGGCUAAAUAGAAUAAAAUUUAAAAUGUGUCAAAAAAUUUUUUUUGAGUUUUUUAAUUUAAUCUAUUUUUUAUUCUCAUUUAACUUGAAGCGGAAAACCAGAUAAAUUGUAUUAUUUUCGGCCAUAUAUGAUCUUUUUGUGUGCGUCAAGCCAAUGUAAUAUAAUGUAAAUAAUUUGUACAUUCUCUAUAUAUAAAUUAUGUAAAAUCUAUUUUAGUUCCUCCUCUAUAUGUAAGUGUUAGAAAGGGACACGAUAUGUUAAAUUUUGUACAAGUGACAGUGACAGAUCUCAUGCAUUUAACGUUCGUAUGACGCUGAAGUUCUCUACUUUUUUUACCACUAAAAUGUUCAAAAGUAAUUGGUAACUUUUAUAAGUCAUAAAUGUCCACUGUCAUAAUUGACAUUUGAGUUUCCUGUACGUUCUAGUGAUGUCUCUUUCUAAACGCAUACAAAAGAGAUGGAAGCACGAUAAUGCAAUAUAGUAUAGUGGUUGUGUAUUAUGUAAGCGACCAAGAUAGUAUGUACAUUGAAUUUACUGUCAUAAAAAUAUGUUUCGAUUAACAGAAUACAAGUUUUAACAUAAAAUUAAAAAAAAAUAUCAUUUAUUCAUAUAGGUACACUUGAACGUCAAAAAUAGAAAUUUGUAUAAAAUGCAUC